GCUGCUGAUAAAGGGACACUGCUUUGAAUUAUACCGCUUAGCGACUUCAGUACAUGCCUCAUAGCUCCAGUCUCAAACUUAACCCCGUCCCUGCUGAAGAAGAGGCGGUCUGCUGGAUGGAGAAAGAAGCUCUCGUGAAAGAGAUGGAGGAAGAGGAGGCUGUUACAAUACAAAAACAAGUAGAGGUUGAGGCUGUUACCGUGAAAGACGUCUCAGUUAAAGAAGAGGGAGACUCGUUCAAAGUUAAUAAAGAGGAGGACGACGACGUUUCAGUGAACGAAGAGGAGGGGGAGGUGACUGUCACAUCGGAAAAUGAAGAAGAGGAGGAGGUGACUGUCACAUCGGAAAAUGAAGAAGAGGAGGAAACUGGAUAUCUGGGCCCGGUUUCCCAAGCGCAUCUUAAGGCGUCCGAUGGUUCUAACGAUGAACGGGCCCUGAUUAACACUAGAGAGAGACCUGACUAUGGUGGAUCCUCUGGGGGGCCUCAACAACCUCAUGAUGCUGAUGAGGCAGAGGAGAGUCUCUCCACUUCAAAACACCUCAAGAAACACCAGCAGAGACCCACAGGGAAGAAAUCUCAUUGCUGCUCUGACUGUGGGAAAGGUUGCAAAUCUUCAUCAGAACUUAAAAUACACCAAAGAACACACACAGGAGAGAACCCUUAUAGCUGUGGUCAAUGUGGGAGGAGUUUUGUUCAAUCUAGCCAUCUGACUGAACACCACAGAACACACACAGGAGAGAAACCUUAUAGCUGUGAUCAAUGUGGGAGGAGUUUUGUUCAAUCUAGCAAUCUGACAGUACACCAGAGAACACACACAGGAGAGAAACCGUAUAGCUGUGAUCAAUGUGGGAGGAGUUUUGUUCAAUCUAGCCAGCUGACUUCACACCAGAGAACACACACAGGAGAGAAGCCUUUUAGCUGUGAUCAAUGUGGGAUGAGUUUUACUGCAUCAAGCAAUCUGAUAAGACACCAGAGAACACACACAGGAGAGAAACCUUAUAGCUGUGGUCAAUGUGGGAGGACUUUUACUACAUCUAGCGGUCUGACAUUACACCAGAGAACACACACAGGAGAGAAACCUUAUAGCUGUGGUCAAUGUGGGAGGACUUUUACUACAUCUAGCCAGCUGACUUCACACCAGAGAACACACACAGGAGAGAAACGUUUUAGCUGUGAUCAAUGUGACAAGAGAUACUCUGAUAAAAGAUCUCUGAUCAAACAUCAGAAAAUACAUACAUGAAGAGGUUGUUUCAAGAUAUCAAUGAAAUAAUCUCACAAUGUAGAAUGUUUUAACAUUGUAGUAGGUGUAUUUUAGUGAUGUCACAAUGUAGAAUGUUUUAACAUUGUAGUAGGAGUAUUUUAAUUAUGUCACAAUGUAGAAUGUUUUAACAUUGUAGUAGGAGUAUUUUAAUUAUGUCACAAUGUAGAAUGUUUUAACAUUGUAGUAGGAGUAUUUUAAUUAUGUCACAAUGUAGAAUGUGUUAACAUUGUAGUAGGAGUGUUUUAAUUAUGUCACAAUGUAGAAUGUUUUAACAUUGUAGUAGGAGUAUUUUAAUGAUGUUCUACCUUAUCGUUUGCCCUGUUCAAUUGAUUGCAGCAUGAUAUGGAUAUUAGCCUCAGGGGAAAAUCCAGGCUCUGAAUUGAAAUAUUAUUUAACAAAGUGAGUAACAAAAAAAGAGCUGUGUUACCCUUACUGCGUUGGUGACCCACUUUAAUCAAAAUGCAGCACUUCAAAAUGUAGCUAGCUGUUUUCUACUAGUUGAAAAAGCUGCUUGUUUAAAAAAUACAUGUAAUAUGAUAAUUGUUGCAGAUGAAAGCAGUAUAAUAAAUUGGUCUAUAAUCAGUUUUAUUAACAA